AUGAAGAGAGUGUUCAUUCAAAGCGAAGCUAACUCAGCCUAAUCCACUCUUAUCAAAUAACCAGUAUCAUCAAAUACCACUGCAGGUACUUUAAGUUAGAACAACAACUAAAAAGCAAGCACAACUUCAGUUAGCACAAUUUCAUCUGGAGGAUCAUAGGCAUCCACUGCCAGUUCUAAAAAUAGUGCUACCACAAAUACUUUGCAACAAUCGUUAUAAUAAAGCAUACAGAGUUUGGGAUACAGUGACUUGAAUUGUGAAGUAAUUUAGAAACCUCCUCCAGUUCCAACAUAAUAAGAUUGCAUCGUCAAGCAGGAUAUAGGAACUCAAGGACCUCCAGGACCACAAGGACCACAGGGAUUGUAAGGUAAAGUUGGCCCACCUGGCCCACCAGGUAAAGAUGGUCAUGAUGGAUGUCCUGGACCAGCAGGACCACCAGGUCCACCAGGAUGUCAAGGGCCAGAAGGUCCUCCAGGAGAGAAAGGAUGCUAAGGUUUAUAAGGACUACCAGGCUGUGAUGGCUUGCCAGGAUGUUAAGGACCAAAAGGAGAACCGGGCUGCUAAGGACUUGCAGGAUGCUAAGGUUUAUAAGGUUUGUGUGGAAAUUAAGGUCCUCCAGGUUAAUGUGGAGCUGAAGGGCCUUGUGGACCUCCAGGCCCUCCAGGAUGUCAAGGACCAGAAGGACCUCCAGGAUGCUAAGGUCCUAAGGGAGACAAAGGAGAUUGUGGACCAUAAGGUCCUCCAGGUAUUUCAGGAUGUUGUGGGCUAUAAGGAAUUCCAGGUGAAUGUGGGCUCUAAGGCCUUCCAGGAAUUGCAGGAGCUUGUGGCUUGCAAGGGCCACCAGGGCCACAAGGUCCAUGUGGUCCUGCUGGUCCAUGUGGUCCUCCAGGACCUCCUGGCCCGCCAGGUCCUCCUGGUUAACUUGUAAUAAAAUAUGUACCACCUUAAAGAUCUUGUGAUGAAUGGACUUAAAAAAGUAAUUGCUUAGGAUGCAAAGACCUAAAAGCAGAGUAUGAAUUUAGAAUAAGCAUGAAGAAUCAAAACUACUUACUUAAGCAAAUUAUGGUUGUUGGAGGGCAAGGCUUUGAGGAUUUAUCAAAGAUGACAGGCACAGUCACUUAAUAAUUAAACUGGGAUGUGUUAGUAAUAGAUGAAAAACCCUCAAACUUCUUAAGUGGAAUAAACGAUUGGAGAGAAUGCCCUCAAGGUAAAUUUAUCUGGUCUCUAAUGAGAAACCCAGGCUCUGCAACAGUUAUUAAUUCAUUAGGAAUGAUAAAUGCAGCAAGAUGUGCAUAUCCAAAUGGUGUAUCAGCAAGUGAUAAGUACGGAAACUGCUAUAUAGAUAUAAGUCCUGAUCCAAGUAUUUAAAGAUAUGGUACAGCUGGCCCUGAUCCAGAUGGAUAUGAUUACGGAUGUUAAAGAGAAGGGUACUUCGUAGCUGGGUUCAAAUUUUCAGGAAGUGGUCUUCUAAAGGCUGGCACUUUCACCUCCAUUUCCUUUAAGUGUUGUACUCCCAGAUUCUGA